AUGUCUGGGUCUUUUUGGAAGCUAAGUAAUGGCAUCACGUCUUUGUCCAACAUAUCUACCAUUCUCGAAAACUUCGACAUCAACCAUGAUGUGAAAGAUACUGCCACUGUUACCGAAACCCUUGUUAAGUUAUUGGAAGAGAGCGAUUUGCUCCAGGAGUUGAUGUCUAACAACUCUCAGCUCUUGGAGUUCUUGCGUAAUGACGUGGUUAUCAACAUGCUCGUGGACUUAUUGAUCUCAGAGAACGAUCCCCUGCCCAAUAUCGAGGAGUCUUUCGAGAGACUCAGUUUGACCAACGACAAGUCUGCCGACGAUAAUCGUGGCGCAGACGACUCUGUCGGAAUUGAUCGCAGCAUCUCCGAAGAAGAGGAUGAAAAGGAUGAUGAUUCCGCCGAAACGCCAGAAGCAAGGCGUACUCGCCAUGCGGCAUUGGCAUCCGAAAUUUUGAGCGCAGAUGUCUGGUCCUUGACCGACACUGUGAUGGAAUCUACGAGCAAUUUGAACAAGUUGUGGUCGAUUCUCGACCUUGAGGCGCCAUUGACUAUCAAUUUGGCUACUUACUUUAUGAAAAUCAUGGAGCAUUUACUAGACAUGAAAUGUGAGGAGAUGAUCUCAUAUUUGAUAGAUAAUCAACCGACCUUAGUGGAAAAAUUCAUGAAGCAUUUAGCAAACCCUCCUUUGAUGGACUUUUUGUUGAAGCUUAUCUCCACCGAUAAACCUGACAACUCCACUGGCAUUAUCGACUUUCUUCAGGAUCAAUCAUUGAUUUCCUAUCUCAUAGAUGCUCUUGAUAUUUCUGAAGCACCUGCAGAAGAGCAGGAGGAAUAUCUUGUUAAGCAGUCGUCUGCAGCAGACUUCCUUAAAGCCCUCAUCACUAUCUCCGCAAAUUCCACCACCGACAACUCGACUAUUGGCCCUAAUGAGUUGACGAGAGAAUUGGUUUCGAAAGAAAUGAUGACUCGCUUGUGUAAUACCAUGUUAAAGGGUGGCUACGCUCUUGGCAAUGGUGUGGGUAUCAUUAUCGAGAUCAUCAGAAAAAACAACUCAGAUUACGAUAUCUUGCCUGUUCUUUAUAUCACUUUGGAGAGCCAUCCUCCAACUGGCCGUGAUCCAAUCUACUUGGGCCACUUGUUGGAGGUGUUUGGUAGUAAGAUUCAGGCUUUCAACAUGUUGUUAAUGUCCACAGGAGAAGAGGCUAAGUUGAAGACCACCUUCGGAGAAAUUGAACCGUUGGGGUUCGAAAGAUUCAAAAUUUGCGAGUUGAUCGCCGAACUCUUGCACUGCUCGAACAUGGCUUUACUUAAUGACAACAAAGGCUAUGAUGCCGUGUCGAUAAGAGAUGAUCUCAGACAGAAGUUGAAGGAGAUCGAUGGUGUUGGCUUCAAGUACAACGAGGUUAUCGAUGUUUCAGAAGAAUUAUUGAAACCAUUUCUCGAGAAAGAGAGAGAGUUGUCCAAAAAGUUUGACAACGAAGUAAAGCCAAACCCUGAACAAGAUGACGAUUAUAAUGACACUAUCGACUCUUUCAAUUCUAAAUUGCAGGAACAAUCCAACUUUCCCGAAGGAGAUGAUGAAGAACCACAUGCUAAUGCUAACUUGACAGAAGAACAGAUCAGAGGUAAGCCCGUGGUGGGAGAUUACUUGAAAAUUGCUUUGUAUGAUACUCAGAUUGUUUCCAAUAUUUUGUCUAUGUUCUUCAAGUUCCCAUGGAAUAAUUUCCUCCACAACGUUGUCUUCGAUAUCGUACAACAAGUCUUGAAUGGGUCUAUGGAUAUCGGUUUCAACAAGUUUUUAGCUAUCGAUAUCUUCCAUUCCGGUGAUAUUACUUUCAAGAUCACCGAAGGUCAAAGGCUCUGUAAUGAAUACGAGCUUCAGAACUACGGCUUGAGAUUGGGCUACAUGGGUCACUUGACAUUAAUCGCUGAGGAAGUUGUCAAGUUUAUUCAAUUAUACCCUGUUAGUACCGUGAGUCAUCUCAUUGAUGAGAAAGUCGAAGGUGAAGUGUGGGAAAACUACGUCAGCGUUGUUUUGUACGACACAAGAAAGAAGUAUAAUGCUAUCUUGGGAGGUAGUGACAUUGAUGACGAUGAAGGCUCGAACACUUUUGAUGAAAGCGGAAGUGAGUUAAUGGAAGAGGGUGAUAUCGAUUCCGGACUUGCCCUUGAUGCAGACAUUGAUCAUGAUUUGAUUGAGUACGAGCAAGAGACCAAGGAAGAAGAGUUCCGCGAAGACGUGGACAUUGAUCAUGAAGAUGACGAUGUGGAGGAGGAGGAGGAGGAAGACGAAGAGGAACGGACAAAGGAGGCGCGCUUCAAUUCAAGUGACGACUCAGAGUCCGAAGAUGAUGACGACCACUUCUCAAGUUACAUGUCACUGCAGCUAACUAAUUCCGGAACUGGCGGAUUUGCUACUUCCCUUCACAACAAAGCCAAGGAGUUUGGUGAGCAAGAAAGUCACAGCUACCAAACAAACGACUACCUUUUGAGUAGUGGAGAUGAUGAUGACGAUUACAUUGAUCCUAAUGAUGACGGCAUGUCGUACAAGAAGGCUAAUCCUUUGUACGACUCACAUGGCAUUUUAAUGAAUGACCUGCUUCGGUACUCCAACGAUGACCAUCUUCUGAGCGAAGAUUCAUCGAGCAGCUCAGACAGCGACGAUGAUAUCGAAGAUGAGCUAGUGGAGGAGAAGACCAACAAGUUAACUCGUGCCGCGAGCAAGGGCUGA